UUCAUUAUUGUCCAAUCGUAAGCGCAUUAGUUGAGCACCCACAACUCUGAUGCACCUGGAUUUCUAUAUAAAGAUCUGAAAACUAGUUGAUGGGAAACUUGAAAUAGAAUUUGAUUAAAUUGAAAAUGAAUACUUAAUCAUUGAGUCACUCUUAAUUAAAAGCAUCGCAGAAUUUUUUUACAGCUCAAAUCAGACCAAAAUACUUUGGGGAUCGGGCCAAACAGUUAACACCCACAGUUCGUAAAUUUAGCCAUAGCAGCAGCAGCAGCAGCAGCACCUCUUGUCAGUCAUACGCCAUUUCAUUUUGGCGGCAGGCCACCCACAGACAUAGCCGGGACCGUUACGAAGUGUCCCCACCCGAAGCUGACAGCAUAAAAAGGAUCCAGCAGCCAUCCGCCGAGCCGCAGUCUGAAUGGGAACCGUGCUCGAACAACUACAGCGCGACGGAGCAACAAGUGAAUAACGAUUACGGACUAUGACAUUGUACGCAUUUCGUGCUGCCGCAAUGGCCUGCAAUUGUGCAGUUCUUCACUUGUAAGCCCCCAACAUUCUCUCAGAGUCGUUGUCGGUGUCGGAGUCGGUGUCAGUGUCGCGAUUACAAAACUUUAUUGCUAUUAACUUGGCAUUUUUCCCGCUGCAAAGUAUCCGGUAAACAUGGCACACAACAGCAUUUUUUCCAAUCUCCGCAACCUGAUUGUGGCAACAGCACUGAUGUCAUGUCAGCGAAACUACAUUCAAAUAGCUGCCACAAAAGACACCAUAAAUAUAGGAUUCCUUGCCGAGUAUUCUCAGAUGCGUAUAACUCUUGGUGGCCUUCCGCUCGCCGUCGAGGAUGUCAAUAAAAACGUUAACUUGCUGCCAGGCAAAACACUUACCUUCACGCCCUUUGACAUAGGUCACCAAACUGGGCCAUAUCGAGUGAAGCCGUUAAGAUUUAUGACUGAAAUGAGGGAAAAGAAGGUGAAGGCAUUUAUAGGACCCGACGAGAGUUGCACAACUGAGGCGUUGCUAGCUUCCGCCUGGAAUACACCAAUGCUCUCGUUCAAAUGUUCAGACUCGAUUGUAUCCAAGAAGAGUACAUUUCAUACCUUUGCACGAACCCUUGCCCCUGCCUCAAAGGUCUCUAAGAGUGUGAUAAGUCUGUUAAAUGCCUAUGACUGGAAGAAAUUUUCUAUCGUUGUGAGCUCAAAGCCAAUUUGGGGUUCCGAUGUCGCAAACGCUAUUCAGGAACUUGCUGAAUCGAGAAACUUUACCAUAACGCACUUAAAAUACAUAUCGGACUAUAUACCAAUUAAGAAAACCUUGUCACAAAUCGACAAAAUCAUUGAUGAAACAUAUGCAACAACUCGAAUAUACGUAUUUAUUGGAGAACACAUCGCCAUGGUGGACUUUGUUCGUGGCUUGCAAAAUCGUAAGCUCCUUGAGAGCGGAGAUUAUAUUGUCGUAUCCGUGGAUGAUGAGAUCUACAAUUCGAAUCGUCGUGUGAACAUUAUGGAGCGGAAUUACUUAGAUCCUUAUAUUAGAAAAGAAAAGAGCAAAUCACUGGAUAAAAUCUCAUUUCGUUCAGUUAUAAAAAUAAGCAUGACAUAUCCACAAAACCCUCAUAUUCGCGAUAUUUGCGCGAAAAUUAAAGAAUAUGCACGUAAAGCCCCAUUCCUGGUGCCCUACCAUCAACGAGUUUUCGAGAAUAUAUCCGUGCCCAUUUUUGGAUUACAUCUGUACGAUAGUGUGAUGAUCUAUGCACGUGCAAUAACCGAAAUUCUUCAAAUCGGCGGCAAUAUCAACGAUGGAAGUCUUGUUAUGAGCCACAUUUUUAACAGGUCCUAUCACUCAAUACAAGGCUUUGAUGUAUUCAUUGACUCAAAUGGCGAUGCAGAGGGGAACUACACGGUUAUCACUUUACAAAGCGAUGCUAGCGGAGGAUCUGGAAAUUCACUGGCCAAGAUGUCCAUGCAACCAGUUGGAUUUUUUGUCUACAACAAGGACUCCGUAAUACCGGAAUUUCGUUACAUCAAAAAUGGAAGACCCAUUCAAUGGCUUAAUGGACGACCCCCAUUAGCGGAGCCAACGUGCGGUUUCCAUGGCGAGUUGUGUCCUCGCAAAAAGAUGGACUGGCGUUAUUUAGUAACUGGUCCACUGUGCGCCUUCGUUUUGAUCAUCGCUAUUGCCCUAUUGGUCAAGCACUAUCGCUAUGAGCAGACAUUGGCUGGCCUGCUGUGGAAGGUGGACAUGAAGGAAGUGACUGUUAUCAACUUGGGCGAAUAUAACAAUCCAAGCCAUAAGAAUAUUGUGCAAAUAUGCCGCCAAAGUAUUCUUGUUGUGGGAGAGCCAAACAAAAGAUCAUUUACAAAUAUUGCGCUUUUUCGUGGUAAUAUCGUAGCCAUGAAAAAGAUUCAUAAAAAGAAUGUGGACAUAACUCGUUCAAUCCGUAAAGAACUCAAAUUGAUGCGGGAGGUUCGACAUGAGAAUAUAAUUAAUUUUAUUGGAGCAUCGAUUGACCAUGGGUCUGUGAUAAUAUUCACAACAUACUGUGCUCGGGGCAGUCUUGAGGAUGUGCUCGCCAACGAGGAUUUGCAUUUGGAUCAUAUGUUCAUCUCGUCCCUGGUUUCGGAUAUACUGAAAGGCCUCAUAUACUUGCACGACUCGGAGAUAAUAUCACAUGGAAACUUACGAUCCAGUAACUGUCUCAUCGAUUCCAGAUGGGUAUGCCAAAUCGCUGACUUUGGCCUGCACGAACUUAAAGCGGGUCAGGACGAGCCAAACAAAGCGGAACUCGAAGUGAAACGUGCUCUCUCAAUGGCGCCCGAGCUUUUGCGAGACCCUUAUCGGCCAGCACGUGGGUCCCAGAAGGGUGAUAUUUAUUCAUUUGGCAUUCUGCUAUACGAGAUGAUUGGCCGAAAGGGACCCUGGGGCGAGACAGCCUAUACAAAUGAGGAGAUAAUAAAGUUUGUAAUAAGUCCGGAUCUACUGCAGCAUGGCGUAUUUCGACCAGCCCUCACCUACUUGGAUAUACCAAAUUAUAUACGAAGCUGUUUGCGUCUCUGCUGGGAUGAAGAUGCCGAAGUCCGUCCGGAUAUAAGACUGGUGCGAAUGCAUUUAAAGGAACUGCAGGCUGGAUUAAAGCCCAACAUAUUUGAUAACAUGCUGGCGAUUAUGGAAAAAUACGCCUAUAAUCUGGAGGGCUUAGUCCAAGAACGCACCAAUUUGCUAUACGAAGAGAAAAAGAAAACGGACGUGCUACUCUAUCAAAUGCUACCCAAGACGGUAGCGGAACUACUAAAAACUGGUGAUCCAGUUAAGGCCGAAUGUUUUGAUUGUGUUACCAUAUUAUUUAGUGAUAUUGUCGGCUUUACCGAACUCUGCUCUACCAGCACUCCAUUUGAGGUUGUCGAAAUGCUGAACGAUUUGUAUACAUGCUGCGAUUCCAUCAUAUCCAAUUAUGAUGUUUAUAAGGUGGAGACGAUUGGAGACGCGUAUAUGGUUGUAUCUGGGCUGCCGCUAAAAAAUGGCAACCGACAUGCCGGGGAGAUAGCUUCGUUAGCACUGCAUCUGCUGGAAACUGUUGGAAAUCUCAAAAUUCGCCACAAGCCCACGGAAACGGUGCACUUUCGCAUAGGCAUUCACUCGGGUCCCUGUGCAGCUGGUGUCGUUGGCCAAAAGAUGCCGCGAUAUUGCCUAUUUGGCGAUACUGUGAAUACUGCUUCGCGUAUGGAGAGCACCGGCGAAGCAAUGAAAAUUCACAUCUCUGAAUUGACCUACCAGUUGCUGCAGGAUGUCGGUGGUUAUAUGUGCGUCGAUCGUGGAAUUAUCAGCAUCAAGGGCAAGGGUGAUAUGCGCACCUAUUGGUUGAGCAAGCGCUUGCAACCGGAAGCACGAUCGCGUUUGAUGAACGAUUGGGCACCGGAUCUUAUAAGUACUGUGGAUGCCUCCAGUGUUUGCUGCUCAAAGACAAGGGGCGAGGACUUGCCGCUGCUGCAGUUUCAGAGGACAGGUUCGUGCAACUGUGCCACCAAAUCCCUGUACAGUCGUCGCUCCGACGAUAAUGUCACCAACUCUACAUUGACGAAGAUCAGCGAAUCCGUGCAAAUUAAUUGCAACCAGUUGUGCGUCUGUCGAUUGAACGGCAGUCAGCUGUUAAACAAUCGAAGUCCACGAUCUGCGCCCACCAUCACAUUUAGACUUUAAGAAUUUAGAAGGAGAAAAAAACAGAUCAAUUUCGGAGCAAUUGUACCACAAGGUUGUCAGCUAUAAAUGUAUCAUUGCAACAAAAGAAAUACCAAAAUAAAUGUAAACUUUAACC